CCCGGCGCGCUCGGGCCCGGGCGGAGGCGGAGGGGCCGCGCUCCUCCCUGGCCGCCCCCGCCAUGGCCGACAACGAGAAGCUGGACAACCAGCGCCUCAAGAACUUCAAGAACAAAGGCCGCGACCUGGAGACUAUGAGAAGACAAAGAAAUGAAGUUGUCGUGGAGUUGAGAAAGAACAAAAGAGAUGAGCAUCUCCUAAAGAGGAGGAAUGUUCCCCACGAAGAUAUCUGUGAGGAUUCUGAUAUUGAUGGGGACUUCAGAGUGCAAAACACUUCUUUGGAGGCAAUAGUACAGAAUGCUUCAAGUGACAACCAGGGUAUUCAGUUAAGUGCUGUGCAGGCAGCAAGGAAGCUGCUGUCCAGUGACCGCAACCCACCCAUCGACGACCUCAUAAAAUCAGGAAUAUUACCUAUCCUAGUGCACUGUCUUGAAAGAGAUGACAAUCCUUCCUUACAGUUUGAAGCUGCGUGGGCCCUGACAAACAUUGCCUCUGGAACCUCGGAGCAAACCCAGGCUGUAGUUCAAUCCAAUGCUGUGCCGCUUUUCCUGAGACUGCUGCAUUCACCUCAUCAAAAUGUUUGUGAGCAAGCAGUGUGGGCUUUAGGGAAUAUCAUAGGUGAUGGACCCCAGUGUAGAGAUUAUGUCAUUAGCCUUGGAGUAGUGAAGCCCCUGCUGUCCUUCAUCAGCCCCUCCAUCCCCAUCACCUUCCUCAGGAACGUCACCUGGGUGAUGGUGAACCUGUGCCGCCACAAGGACCCCCCUCCACCCAUGGAGACCAUCCAGGAGAUCCUGCCAGCGCUCUGUGUUCUCAUCCACCACACCGAUGUAAAUAUAUUGGUAGACACAGUCUGGGCCCUCUCCUAUCUCACGGACGCUGGCAACGAGCAGAUCCAGAUGGUGAUAGACUCUGGCAUUGUCCCUCACCUGGUUCCUCUCCUCAGCCACCAGGAAGUCAAAGUCCAGACUGCUGCCCUGAGGGCUGUGGGGAACAUCGUCACUGGCACCGACGAGCAGACACAGGUGGUUCUCAACUGUGAAGCUCUCUCACAUUUCCCAGCACUUCUGACACAUCCCAAAGAAAAAAUUAAUAAGGAAGCAGUGUGGUUCCUAUCCAACAUCACUGCAGGAAACCAGCAGCAAGUUCAGGCAGUAAUAGAUGCAAACCUUGUUCCAAUGAUAAUCCAUCUUCUAGAUAAGGGGGAUUUUGGGACUCAGAAAGAAGCUGCUUGGGCAAUAAGCAACUUAACAAUCAGUGGGAGAAAAGACCAGGUGGCUUACUUGAUUCAACAAAAUGUAAUUCCUCCCUUUUGCAAUUUGCUGACAGUAAAAGAUGCACAAGUUGUGCAGGUGGUUCUGGAUGGACUAAGUAAUAUAUUAAAAAUGGCUGAAGAGGAAGCAGAAACCAUAGCCAACCUUAUAGAAGAGUGUGGAGGCCUGGAGAAAAUUGAACAGCUACAAAACCAUGAAAAUGAAGACAUCUACAAACUGGCUUAUGAGAUCAUUGACCAGUUCUUCUCCUCAGAUGAUAUUGAUGAAGAUCCAAGCCUUGUUCCAGAAGCGAUCCAAGGCGGAACAUUUGGUUUCAAUUCAUCUGCCAAUGUACCAGCAGAAGGGUUCCAGUUUUAGAGUGGUAUUUUGGAAGUUUAGGUACAAUGCAGCACUGAAUAAAAAAAAAAAAAGGUUUGAUCCAUCAAUCUUGGCUCAUGGGAUCCGCUGCUGCAUUAAAUCGGGAAAGUAAAUGUGAAGAUUUCAUUUGGAAUCACAGAAAAGCCCAAAUGAAGUCAAGAUGGCGAGUGGGUGCGAGUGAGAAUGAGUGGCAAAAUGUAAUGACAAACUUCACACUGAAUGCUUCUUUAGAUUGUUCAAAGAAAAGGGCUCCAGGUCCCAGCUCUGCAGUGCCUGAGGAGGAGCACGGCCCUCCCGAGCCGGGGGCCGCAGGACUCUCAUCAUCAGCCUCGUCAGCAUCAGCGCCGUGGCAGGGCAGGGAGGGCAGGCCUUGCUCUGCAGCCGUGUGAGUGAUGGCAGCAGUGAGUGCAGUGCAUGCAGUGCAGGGCAUGCAGUGGGUGUCUGCAGCUCUGGUGCAGUGCAGUGGGUGUCUGCAGCUCUGGUGCAGUGCAGUGGGUGUCUGCAGCUCUGGUGCAGUGCAGUGGGUGUCUGCAGCUCUGGUGCAGUGCAGUGGGUGUCUGCAGCUCUGCCCCUGCAGGGCAGCGAGCGAGAGGGGCGUGCCUGUGAUUGUCUGUGAGCGUGGUGCGAGCUUGAGUCGCCUCCAGGGGCUGAGAAACCUAAAAAUCAUCCAAUGAGUUCACAAGUGUUGACUUACACUGGACACACCAAGACCGGUUUAGCAGCAGACUCUGGUUUACUCCUGCAGCCUGUGUUUUCCUCUUUUUUUUUUUUUUUUUUUUUUUUUUUUAUUUGAAUUUUUUUCCCCUCUUCUUUUUUUUUUUUUUUUUCUUUCAGUUCUUUUCAAUUUCUUUUUCCUGUUACGGCUUCUUAGUUGUUUGUAAAGUCAGAAUUUCAGGAAGGCUUCCCUGUGCAUUUGCACCAGAUGAAUGUUUGAUGUUAUGAAAAGCUUUUCCAUAUCAUCAAAACUAAUUUGUAGAUUUUUGCAUGGAAAAAAACAAACAAAAAAAAAAUCAUCCAUUUCCCUUCAAACUAGACUGUGUUGCAGUACACAAGUUGCCAUAAUAGUAGAAAGCAGUAAAAAAGUGGUAAUAAAACCUCAUCCUUUUCAUUUUCAAAGAUAACACGAGACCUUUGCAUGUGGUAAUCUCCAGCAUAGUUCAUUUUUAGAUUUCGUUGAGUCCUGUAACCAAAAUGUUUCUGUUGUGGUAGGAUACCGUGCUGUGUUUCAAUGUUACUUGUUUUCAAACUUUGUUUUCUAUGAAAAUGAUAUGGAAACGUCUAAAAAUGAAAUUUGGUGCAUAUGUACUGCUGAAUAAAGAGCGAAAAAAAGAGGUGUGAAUAGAUGUACAAAUCAAGUCAUGGUUUGAACACCUUUAAUAUGCCUAAUCCAAUUGUUUUAGACUCUUUUUAUCCUAGAUGUAGGCAGCCAUGAACAAUCUAUUUUGAGCCACUUUAGAGAGAAAAAAAAAAAAAAAACUUUGUAUUUUUAAGACUUGCACAAAAAGGAUGCAAGUGUUUUUUAUAAUUGGAGGAAUGCCUCAGUUUUGAGGUCGUGCACACUAAAUUCAAGGUGAUGUUACAGAUUUGUACAAACUGAACUCUUGAUAAGGUGGCUCAUUGUAGGAAAUGCUGUGCCUUCCCCUUUGAGCACAAGUGUUGCAUGAACAACAGUUUGCUAUAAUAAACCAUCCCAGGUUAGCCACCAUUAGCAUCUAUAUCUACCUUGUGUUUUCAAAUCAGCUGGUAAUUCUGAAACACUGUAGAAUGGAUAAAGAUUAUUUUGUGAUCAUAACUCUUUGUUGGACUAGAGUAUUUUUGCAGCAUUCCUUGUCAUCAGAAACAUGGUUAAAAGUUUAAAACUAGAAGCAGCGGAAAACUAGCUUGUGAAUUUAUCCAAGUAGAGUGCAGGCUAGGCUGUCUUGGGGAAAUAAACAUUAAAACUUGCAA